GCGGUUCAGCGCCCCCUCGGGCUCGGGCUGGCCUUCCCGGGGCGGCGGGCGCGGCAGACCGCGAUGCCAGGGCGCGCUCCCCUCCGCGUGGCCCGGGGUGCCCUGGGCGCCUGGCUGCUGGGCAACCUCUGGGUCUGGGCGCUGAGCGGGCUUUGCGGCCUGGGGGCGGCGGCGGCGCCGCGGACCGGGGUUGGGGUCGGGGCCGAGGGCUCCCCGGGGACGCCGCGCCCGUGCCAGGCGCCGCAGCAGUGGGAGGGGCGCCAGGUGCUGUACCGGCAGAGCAGCGGGCGCAACAGCCGCGCCCUGCUCUCCUACGACGGGCUCAACCAGCGCGUGCGGGUGCUGGACGAGAGGAAGGCGCUGAUCCCCUGCAAGAGGUUAUUUGAAUACAUUUUGCUCUAUAAGGAUGGAGUGAUGUUUCAGAUUGAACAAGCCACCAAGCAGUGCUCCAAGAUCAUCCUGACGGAGCCCUGGGAUCCUCUAGAUAUUCCUCAGAACUCCACCUUUGAGGACCAGUACUCCAUAGGGGGGCCCCAGGAGCAGAUCACCGUCCAGGAGUGGUCCGACAGAAAGUCAGCUAGAUCAUAUGAAACCUGGAUUGGAAUUUAUACAGUCAAGGAUUGUUAUCCCGUCCAGGAAACCUUCACCAAAAAUUACAGUGUGAUAUUGUCCACGCGGUUUUUCGACGUACAGCUGGGCAUUAAAGAUCCCUCGGUGUUUACCCCCCCGAGCACGUGCCAGACAGCCCAGCUGGAGAGGAUGAGCGAGGACUGCUCCUGGUAAGCCUGUGAACGCAGAGGUGACAGCAACGGACACCAGAUGCCAGUGGUCUCAGCGCAAAAGGGAUUUGGGACUUGAGGAGAUGCGAAUCUUCAUUGGAGAUAAAUAUCAUAAUUUUAGGAGGAUAAACAUUGAUGUGGGUUUUUUUGUAUAUGUGAUUUUGACUACUUAAGCUAUGUUUACAGAAGGGAAUAGAAUGGAAUAGGUGGUAAUAUGAACUGGGGAGAUGGCUAACGUGGGGCUUCAGA